UUUUGUUCCUGAUUGGUUUCCAUAAAAAUAUUGUCAGUCGAGUAUCUGGUCAUAAAGUAAUAAAUUACAAAAAGGAACAGCAAACAUAAAGUUAUCUAGUAUCUGGACGUCAGAGGUCAACUUUAUUUCAUUGGUAACAAUCAAAGACAUGGCAGAGCAGGCUUACGAUUGGUUAAAGGCAUGGGAUGAAAAUGAUAUUGGUUUUCACAGAGAAAACAUCGAUGCAUUCCUCUCCAAAUAUAUUGACCGACUGAUAAAUGGAAGGAAGAAUAUCAAAAUCUUUAUUCCUCUUUGUGGCAAAACUGUAGACAUUAAAUGGCUGUGGGAGAUGGGUCACACUGUCAUAGGUGUAGAUCUAGCCAAAAAGGCAUUGGAAGAGUUCUUUAAGGAGCAGAACAUCAGCUACACUGUAUCAAACCUAGCAGAAGGCAAGGGAGAAGUGUUCACGAGUGAGGACAAGCGAAUAAAGUUAUAUUGCUGUGACCUUUUUAAGUUCAAUAGUUCAUGCGAGGGGCUGAUGGAUGCAAUAUGGGACAGGGGUUCUCUGGUUGCAAUCGAAAAAGAGGAUAGACGGAGGUAUGCAGAGCUCAUGAAGAGUCUGAUGGCAGAGGGAUGUCAGUAUCUGGCGGAAACUCUGGAAUAUGAUGAAACCAAAUUUGGAGGACCUCCUCGUAUUGUAUCGGAGCAAACUAUCACAGAUCUGUUCGGUGACAAACUAGAAAUUACUCAUUUAGAGAGGAAGGAUAUAUUUACGCCAGCAUUUAAAGAGGCUUGGGGUAUUGACAGUUUAUUUGAACAUCUUUAUUUAUUUUGUCUUAAGUAAUAAAUAUUUUUUCAA